AUGGAUAGUAAUUUUGAAUUUUUUGAUUAUAAAAAUUAUAAUAAAAAAAAUAUUUGUAUAAAAGAAUUAAUUUCAAAAAAACUAAAAAUAGAAUCAAGCCAAUUUGAAAUUGAAGCAUUAGAAGAUAUAGCAUCAAUCUCUCAAUUAUUUAGUAAGGAAAUACCAUUUUCAAAUUUUGAACUAAUAGGAGGGAAUUUAAAUUUUGAUAUUGAUACCAUUGUUAAUUGUAUUCAAAAUAAGGGUGGCCGGUGUUUACAUUUAAAUAUUGCAUUGGGUUUGUUAUUGACCGAAUUUGGUAUUAAAGUUCAUCUAGUAAAGGCAAUUGAAGAAUCCCCUUAUAACAUAUAUGACAUAUUUAGAUUUCAUUAUGGUAAUGUUUUUAAAUGGAGGGAUGGCAGAUACUACUUUCAUGAUGUGGGGUUGGGAUAUUUUAAUCACUAUUAUCCAAUAGAAAUUGGUAAUGAAACUCCAAUAGAAGGAUAUUCAAAAUCUUUACCACCAUCUUUAUUUAGGGUUAUAGAAAACAAUAAUAAUAAUUAUGGUCCAGAUAAAAAAUAUAUUUUGCAAAAAAAAUUAAUUAAUAAUAAUACACAAGAAGAAAAUGACUUUAUAUCAGUUUUUGAAUUUAAGUUUAAAGAAAAAAUAACAUUUCAAGCUAUUAUAGAGCGUUCUUCAAGGUUUAUUAAAUCCCCGUAUUGUUUCCCUGUUGCUAGUAUUUUAAGAGAAGAGGGGUAUUAUUUUCUUGCAAAUAACUCUUUAACUAUUUUUUCACCAUCGAAUUCUAAAAGUAUUACGAAAAUUAACGAUAUAGAACAAUUUGAAAUGAUUUUAUUAAAGCAUUUCAAUUUAGAUAUUCGUCUAUUUAAAUUCUUUAAAAAAGAAGAAAACCAUUUUGAAUGUCAAGCCAAUAUCGAUGCUAAUAGAUUAAUUAAUAGCAACAUUAAUUAA